GAUUUAAUUAAUGUUUAAUGUCUCUUGUAUUAAGAAUUGGUCUCGUAAUUUGGUCCAUGCUUAAAUAACUGCAGUUCAAAAAAUUGUUCUCAUAUUUCCUUAUCGAGGGUGACAGGAGAGCGAGAGGCAAAGGAGCAGAUCAAACGCAAUAUUGAAGACGUGUGUUCUCUCUGUUUUCCUGUUGUAGUCUUAAUCAGCUUAAUAUGUUGGGUAUAUUUUCAAGACUUUCCGUCAUCAAGGGUGGGCAUAGAAGAGCUCAAAGUGCACUUGAUAAGAGAGAAGAUUUGGGCUCUAAGUUGGAGGGGGGAACAGUUGUUGGCACUGCCUCUGCUGCUGUUUUGGCGGGCGAUGGAUGCACCCAUCAUGGCAUUACUGAGGUUGAAAUCGCAUUCAAUCCAGCCGAACAUCCGAGUGAGCCGUUUGCUGACAACAACAAUGAUAACCCUAUUUAUUGCCCAUUGCCUGAACCUCCUGCUGCUUCUAUACUAAAUGUACGUUUCCAUGCAACUUAUUAGCUAUCUCCUUUAACAGACACAUGUAUAUAAGAUGCGUUCUAAUAGAAAGAAGUCUUAGUCUUAAUAUGAGAAAUGUGAAUCAUUUUUUGCAGCGAGAUUUAAUUUUAUUGCAGUAAAAGAGUUUCAUGCCGCACUAAAAGAUAUGUGCGGUUAUAUUUUCAUAAAUCCUUCACAAAAUGUCACGUUACAUCUUCUUAAUGCAACAUGAAGUGCAACAUUAUCAAAUUCUAAUGCAACAUUGGGUUAUUUUAGUGCAACAUUGUCUAAUCGAAAUGCUAAUGAAAUAUGAAACUGUUUUAGUCAACUCAACCGUCAAGGUUCAUACUCAUUUCUCACAUUAGAUGCAUUUCUAACUUGAACACAUAUAUAUAUAUAAUUAGGUUCAAGUGAGAAAAUGAUCUUAGCAGAUAAAUGAGAAUGAAUCUGGACCGUUAGUUUGAUAGAUGCUCUAAUUUCGUAACAGUAAAUUGAUCACUAUUAUUGAGGUAAAAUUGCAGAAAGGAAGAAGAUACAGACGAGGUGCUUCGAGAGGCCUCAACUCUCCCAGAUCCCAAUUUCCCAAAUCCAAAAUCUGCCUACCUUUCUAUUCACAGCUCACCCUAUUUAUUCUUUUUCUAAUGGACCACCCCGCUUUCAGUUAUAGGGCCUAAACCCCUAUUAUUAUACAAUAUUAAGCGACCUAGUAGCAUUCUUCUUAUUCUAGUACUAUCCUCUGUUCUUUAAUUCUUGCAACAAUUUGACUUUCACGUUUGCCAACGCACAACUUUGACUGUAAUUAUAUUUAAUUAUGUAUUAGUAAACAUUAUAAAAAUUUGAUAUUUUGGAAAUUCACAUUGAUAGGAAUUUAAUAACAUUUUAUACAUAAUAAUUUGAUUAUGUAUAUUAGUAGAAAAUCGUGCUUAAAGUAAGGUCUGUGAAUACUGAAUAGUGCAAAAAUCACAAUGUUGCAAGAAUUAAAGAACGGAGGAAGUAUUGUUUUAGGUCUCUAUCAUCACCCCCGACAACCACCUUGUCCUCAAGGUGGGGAGUAAGAAACAGCCAUGCCAUUUAGUUUCAUCUUGAUGCCUCUUCCUUCCCAGUACGUCCUCGCUUGCUUAUCAACUCUCAGCCAUAUUUCCUCAUCUUUUAUAUUGCUGGGACCCUCACAUUUUGUUCUGUUUCUUUCCGGAUCAACCUCUUCCCGGGACUUGGUCAGUGCCAUUAAGUAGUCCUUAACUGAUGCUUGUUCUAAAAUUUUCUGCUUAAUCACAGAAACCCCUUGCUCCUCUUUGACUACAGAUGUAGAGGGAAUGAGAAACACAAUAUUUGGGCUCUUAUGCAGAUAAUCACAAAUAUAUGCUCUUUCUUCUGUCUGCUUGAUAAAAAUCGUUAGGGCAGCAACUUCUGCUCCCCAAAGAUUUGUUAGAAGGAACCCAUGUUUCUCUUUCAACCAUUUUGUUAGGGACCCGGUAGAAUAAGAGUAAAUAAGAAAUGUAAUAGAUAGAGUAGUAUAAAUAGAAGGGAGUGGGCAAUAAAGAGUAGGCUGUUUAGACGUUUUAAUCUGGGACUUGGGAAGAUCGAGAACUUUCUCUUUCUUUUGGGGGGCUUCGGCCAGAUUUAUUGUUCAUCGCUAAUAAAGUUUGCUGUAGUUUCUUUGAAUUGUUGUUCAUCUUUCUGUUAAUGUUCAGUAUACCUGGGGAAGUCUAACAGGAACGAUGGAAGAUUGGGGGCUGUUUUGGGAAAAAAUGCGCGAAGAUACCAGGCGUUUGUGCGAAAGGAUACGCAAAAUAAGCCCGCAAAGAAACAAUCGGCACUCGCAGAAAGAGUCGCGAACUAAUUCGCACUCGCAGGAGUUGCAGAAAGAGUCGCGAACUGUUUCGCACUUGCGAAAGAAGCCGCGCGAAGAAGUGGGGAAGCUCGGGGAAAAGGAUAAGCGAGAAAAAAUGGAGAAAGAGAAACGCUCAACCCUAGAAAACGAAAAGCGCUCAAACAUGGAGAAGGAGAAGAGCUCAAAACCAGAGAAAGAGAAGUCUUCAAACCUGGAGAAGGGGAAGCCCAAGCUGCGACAAAAAUGUCGUAGGCGAGGAUGGUCAAGGACUGUGCGUCGCUGCUUGAAUUCGAAAAGCAAAUACCCUUCUCAGUCACAAGAUACUUCUUCCGGUCCUCUGGUUUUGACUAGAGCAGACAAGUCCAGUUCGAAAUCUUUAUUUGAAUUUCCAGAGUCGCAGCAGAAUUUGGUUAUUCAGCAGAACACCUAUGGAGAAGAGGAAUUCAGUGAUAAACCAUCAGUUAAUCUUGAACCUGAAGAUGGAACAGUUGUUGGAUUCUCCAGAAAUCAUAUCAGGCCGGCCUGACGAAAACAACCAUCAAGACAAGGCCAUUGGGGCCUCUCGAUUGAAUUUUUAGCUGAAAUUUGGUGGGCAUAAACUAAACUUGAUGUUGAACAUGCUCAAAAAAUUUCAUCAAAAAAUUCCACCGGGAAGGCCCCAAAUGCCCUCAGCCGGACGGCAAGUCCUGUCAAGGCGACCUAACAAGACUGCUACUCUCUCUCUAUAUAUAUGGGAUUUGGUGCAUUAAACCCGACGUAAAACACAUGUUCGUAAAACACCAGGUGAACAGUAAGAAUCGACGGGUGAUGAAUAUGAGUGGUAAAGAUCGGCGAGUGAGGAAUCCAUCGAACUUGGAAAUUCUCCCAUCGAUUGCGUCGCACUUUGACGGAAAAUGAGAGCUGAUGAAGGAACCUGGGAAAAAAUCUGCGAAGAAACCUGCAAACUGGGGACAUCAACUACGAAUUGCGAACUGGGAGGAACUGUUCGCAACUGCGAACUAGCCUCUUGUGCUUGCGAUGAUGCUGACAGACUGCAAGAAGAAGUUUGCGACCAAUCCUGUGAACUCAGAAACGGUUCGUGACUGCGAACUGUGAGACGAAGUUCGCGACUUACCUCUGGCUUCAGACGAUGUACGACUCUCAUGUACAGUGGUGCCUUGAAGUUCUUGAUUUUCUUCGUUCAUGUCGAGCGUUCUGCUGCAGGAUCAAUUCACGCCAUUCCGUGAUCUCUUUCCGCCUUUGCGUGUGAUAGCGUUCAAAAUUGCGUUCCAGGAUCUCCAGUCUACUUUCCAUCGUUCCUUGAGUAGCUGACGCUCUGAUACCAAUGUUAGGUACUAGCUAAUUUCACAGUAAAUUCAAGAAUCAAGAUGAAGAAGAUAGAGAGGGUGUAUCAAGUGAAAGUGUCGUUUAACAGAAAUUGUAGAAAGAGAAAUACAAAGGCAGUUUAAGAGUGCCCACUCUCCAAGUCCCAAGCCUAAUUGAUAAUUCCAAAAACUCCUUUCUAUUCUACCCUUAACCUCUAUUUAUACUAACUCUAAUACUCUUCUGAUUUCUUAUUAUUCUAUGUGGGUGCCUAUCAGUUUUGAAACUCAUUGUGAGUUCAGAAAAAUCCCGUGACACAGCUCCCGAAGUUUGCAACCACUUAAUGCCAAGUACCAACUCAAAACCUCCUAGGGGCAAGAUGUAUAGUCGAAUCUGAAAGAGUUGGGCUCCUUUUUGUAUGCAGACGUUGGACCAUAGCCGGGGCCUGCAUUUUUUUCGCCAUUCGCCACAGCACUUGGAGUCCAUGACAGUCUUGGAUGGAUACUCAGCCCCAACUUCUUUUCCGUCCCUUCAUUAAUAAAGUUGUCAGUGCUGCCAGAAUCGAAGAGGGUCUUAACAGGCUGCUCGUUGUUAUAUACAAAAACUUGCAUAGUUUGUGUGUGAGUAACACCAGUGAUGCAGUGUAGAGAAAUUUUAAAAUCAACUAUAUCGUCAAUUGGUGUGGACUCGCCACUUUCUACCUCCUCAAUUUCUAGAUAAAUGGUUACGGAAAAACUGUUCGCAUUGGUGAAGCCAACCGAGCGGAUCCUUCUUACCACUUAACACGGGGAACUCCAAACGUGGAAACUUUGGCAGGACAGUACUAGAGUGUCCACCUCUCCUGUUGUCCACCAUUUCUGUAGAGGGAGGAGGGUUUGUAGCAGAGAUAGCAUUGGUAUUUGAACUCGAACGAAGCAAGUCAUGUAUGGCUGUAACUUGGGCCUCAAGGGAAAGCAUGCAAUCGUUCGUGGAGGCGGUGGAGCCUUCUGUUGCGGUUGGUUGUUCCUGGGUACCCAUGACAACUGUCUCGAAUACCAAAUUGUUACAGGCCCGGGUUUGAGAUCGCGUCACAGGACGGUUCGAGGGAGUUAGGUUAUUAGUUUCAGAGGAAGAAGAAAAAUGUAUAUAUUUAAGAGUAUAAUAGGAGAUGUUGUUGAAUUCUCCAAACUCCCUAGCUAAACUAAUUGGGCAAUUUUCUGAUAUGUUUUUAUUUAAAUCAUUCUUCUCUUAAAUAAAGAUAGGAAAUUACAACCACUCCUAAAAACUAGGAAAGUGGAUCCAUGAUCUUAAACUGCUAAUAUGUAAAGCACUAGUUUUAAAUAACCAACAACUAGCCUAUGAUUAAAAACUAACACACACGAAUUUUAAAAAACAAUACCAAUUAUUUUAUACAACGCUGCAGCAUGUUUUACAGGUCUCUUUGCUGUUUGCGAUGUUGGUAGGUCCUAACAAGGAAUGUAUAACUAUCACAAUGCCUCUUCCUAUGGUGGUUAUCUUUCUCUCAAUCCUUCCUUUCCGGAUAUACUGCUCUUAUACCUGGUGUAAUAACCUGGUUCCCUUAAAAGGAAUAUUGUAACUUAGUAUGAGGCACCAUUCGUAAUUCUUCCUCACAACUUAGUUACUCCAUUCAAAGACAUGUAUUGUUGGUGCAUGAGUCUCUCGACCAGAAAAGUAUCCCACAACCACUGCCUCCUUGUUGAAUCUUUGCUCAUCCCCUCUAACUUCAAUGAAGCUCGUCGUCCAAUGGUAAAGAUCAUAGCCUGGCAACGUCCUAAAAACGCCCCACCUUAAGCUUAAUUUGGCACGAUUCAGAAAAGAGAUAAUUAUGCGCCUGGAGCGCUCAUUAGAAAUGAUAAAAGAAGAAUUUGCAGCAGAUGCUACAUUCAAAGUGAGUGCUCCUCUCAACAGGAAGCUGAUUUAACAUCACUAUAUAAGGCCCUUGCAUGGAGUUGGUGAAUUGGCUUAACUAGCUUGGAGGAUGGAAGAAUUUGGAAAGAGAGAGUUUUGAGCGUGCCAAAACAAUCGGCUGAUUUGCCAGUCAUGCAGAAAGAGGCCUUAGCUACAACACAUAGGGACCCCACUGGCCACCCUAUUUGUUCAUCUAUCAGUGCACCAGAGCACAAUAUUCUCAGAUUGCUUGAAGAUCCUUGAAUUCAUCUCAAAUUUUGUUUUAUCAUGUAUUUUAUAUUCCUUCAACUAGUCUUUCACUAUAGUAAACAAACUACAUAGUCAUUCAAAACUAUUAGCAUUAGCUACUUUAUCUAUUAAUCUUGAAAAAAAUCCAAUAAUCUUACUCAUGUCAACAAAUUAACAUAGCGCUAUGUAAAAAGUGACAGUAAGAAAUUAGAGAAGCUUCCUCGUUUAU